AUGGCUGAUACGUCUGAUUUUCGACCCCUGCUGUCUAUCUGCAUUGUAGGUUGCGGUCUUAGCGGACUGGCUUCUGCUUUGGCUCUCGCUCAAGCUGGUCACCAUGUGACAAUUGGUGCAGGAAUACAGCUAUCCCCGAAUGCGACGCGUUUACUUCAACACUGGGGCGUCUUCGAGGAGGUUCUCAAGUAUGCUGACCAGCCAGAGGCCGGGACCUUUCGCUCCUACCGGGGAGAUGUGCUCUCGCAGUCACCGCCUGUAUCCCAUCCGAACCUGGUUAGCGAGGCCCCUUACAUCGUGAUCCACCGUGCAGACCUCCUCAAAACCUUGCUGUCGGGAACAGAAAUGCUUGGGAUCGAGAUAAAACUGGGAAGCGAGGUUAAAGAGAUCGAUUUCAACAAGCCCUCCUUACGCCUGUCCACCGGCGAGGUUUAUGAAGCUGACCUGAUUCUUGGUGCGGACGGGGAGAGGUCCCGUUGCCGGAGUGGCCUGUUGGGCCGCGAGGACCCUCCUUACAGUCCCGGCGACGUCGUGUACCGGGUUUCCGUUCCGACAAAGAACAUAACAGAACUUCACUCUGCCUGGGACAUGAAAAGACGAUCCAGUGUUAAUUUCUGGAUGGGGCCAGGCGGACACGUGGUCUCAUACCUCAUCCAACACGAUGUGCUUAACGUAGUUCUGGUAUACGCCGAGGGCGCGAGCGGCGAUGUCAUGUACGGGCCGCAGCGGGCAGGCCUGGAAGAGUUCGGGAGCAGGAUCGCGGGGUGGGACCCGGUACUUCAUGAGCUCAUCAACACGGAAGGGUCUGUCUGCACCAAGUGGACUUUGUUCCAGAUCGAUGAACCGACCCAAUGGCGUCAUAAGAGUGGACGAUUCGCAUUGAUUGGGGAUGCUGCGCACGCGAUGUUGCCAUGCCUAGCACAGGGUGCCGCGCAGGCCUUUGAGGAUGCAGGCGUCCUGGGGGCGAUAUUCAGUCAGUCGGUGGGGCGUGGCCAAAUCCCUGAUGCUCUUCGUGUGUUCGAGGAGGUUCGCAAACCACGAGCAUCAGAUGUCCGACGUCGCACGUUGGACCAGAAGGCCAUGUUCUCCCUUACCGAUGGCCCAGACCAGGAGGAACGCGAUGCAGAACUUCGUGCGGGUGCGGACUAUGGGUUGUUUGAGUGGCUCUGGGAGUAUAAUGCCAUUGAAAGUGGUACAGAGGCGUGGAAACGGCUAUUGGCCCAGACCUAG